CUGGUUCGACGGACGAAGCUGCUGCCAAGCCGGACGAUGACGUCCCUGUUGCCAGUGUUGUUGCUCGCGGCAUUGCCGAACGCCCGAUUAGAAUCAGCGAUCAGUCCAGUGAGUAGCGGUUCAUCGUCGUCGUCGUCGUCGUCUGCCUCGUCCUCGUUGAUGGUGGGUGUAGUGCCUGGAAGUGGCUCGAGUUCGGGGGGUAUGGUUGGACCUGGCGGCAACAUGGUAGCUGGUGGCAACGUCGGCGGUGGCGGUAGCAGCAACGGUGGAGGCGGCGGUGGGGGUGGUGGUCAUUCGUCUUUGAGCGGUGGGGCUGCUAAUGGGAACGGCAGAUGCGAGGAGAUCACAAUCCCGAUGUGCCGUGGUAUCGGGUACAAUUUGACCGCGAUGCCGAACGAGCUGAACCACGAUACGCAAGAAGAAGCUGGAAUGGAGGUGCAUCAGUUCUGGCCUCUGGUCGAGAUCAAGUGUUCGCCGGAUUUAAAAUUCUUUCUGUGCUCCAUGUACACACCGAUCUGUUUACCAGAGUACACGAAACCGUUGCCAGCCUGUCGAAGUGUCUGCGAAAGAGCCAGAGCUGGUUGCGCGCCGUUGAUGCAACAGUACGGAUUCUCCUGGCCAGAACGUAUGGCCUGCGAGAGAUUACCGACACACGGUGAUCCAGAAAAUCUUUGCAUGGAGCAAGACAAUCGUACGAGCAGCGCCGGUCCAGGAUCCGGGAACGGAGGAUCGGCGAGCAGCGCUCCGCUACCAGCAGCGGCACCACCACGUCCAACGAGGCCGUCGAAGACGACCCAACCACCGCGAUGCAAGCCGGGCAAGAAUCAAAAAAACUGCCAGCAUCCCCCGGGGGAAAGGGCGAGGGAGUGCGCGUGCCGGUGCAGAGCACCCCUCGUACCCCUGGGGGCGGGGGGCACGGUGCUACCGGGCCUGAUAAGCGGCAGCAGCACCGGCAGCAUCGGCAACGGGGCUGGUCUGGCCGGCAUGGCCGUAAGUGGGGGCAUACCGGCACCGCCGAUAAACAUCGCUCGGAACAUCAUACAGGACAUUGCCGGAGUACAGAACUGCGCCCUUCCGUGUCACGGGGCGUUUCUCACCCCCGAAGAGCGAGGGUUCGCGGCCGUGUGGCUGGCACUGUGGAGCGGCCUGUGCGCCGCAAGCACGCUCGUGACCGUCACCACGUUCCUGAUCGACACCCAGCGUUUCAAGUAUCCUGAGAGACCGAUCGUAUUCCUCUCGGCAUGCUACUUCGUGGUGUCGGUGGGCUACCUGUCGAGGAGCGUGUUCGGCCACGAGGAAAUCGCCUGCGACGGGCCAGCGUUGAAAUCCGGAGCACAAGGUCCAGGCGCUUGCGUCACGGUCUUCCUGAUGAUCUACUUCUUCGGAAUGGCCUCCUCCGUCUGGUGGGUGAUCCUGGCGUUCACGUGGUUCCUGGCUGCGGGACUGAAAUGGGGCAACGAGGCGAUCGCCUCGUACUCCCAAUACUUCCAUCUGGCGGCCUGGUUGGCGCCAACGGUUCAAACAGUAUCAGCCUACGUGGCUGGCGGAGUAGCAGGGGAUCCAGUCGCGGGAGUCUGUACGGUAGCUCCCGAUGGCAUUCGAUCCUUCAUCCUAGUACCUCUCUUCGUCUACCUUCUACUAGGAACAAGCUUUCUACUGGCAGGAUUCGUCAGUCUGUUUCGUAUACGAUCGGUGAUCAAGAGACAACCGGGAGCGAAAGCGGACAAGCUCGAGAAGCUGAUGAUACGCAUCGGCGUGUUCAGCGUUCUGUACACCCUACCAGCCGGAGUGGUGCUCGCCUGUCACAUGUACGAGACAGCGUUAAGACACGAAUGGCUCGCUUCGUUGGCCUGUCCGUGUCUGACAAGGUCAAGGCCUCUGUACUCCGUCCUGAUGCUCAAGUACUUUAUGGCGCUCGCGGUCGGUAUCACGUCCGGCGUGUGGAUCUGGAGCGGCAAAACCGUCGACUCGUGGAAACGCCUAUGGAGGCGUUUGUUCGGCGGGAACGGCGGAGGCGGUCACGGAGGCGGUGGCGGCGGUAUGGUAGCUGGCGUGACAGGCGUAAGCGGCGGCAUCGGCAGCACCAGCAUCAAGGGCGUCGUAGGACGUGUCGGAGUCCCGUAUCCACCCGCUCCGGGACCAGGAAGCGCGUUGUUGCCGCCUGGCAGCGUGGCCAGCGCGUCUCAACACCAUCUUCAUCAUCACGUUCUCAAGCAACCACCUCUGUCGCACGUAUGACGUCACCAGUCGGCGGGGGGCGACAUGAACACCGCGGGCUGCGAUCAGCAACAGCAACAACAGCAACAGUCGGUGCAGCAACAGGAGCGGCCUUCCGCCCUUAGCAACUACGGGCCCAUUUAGCCCUUCGCCUCGGCCUCGUCGCGCAGGCACACGCCGCACACGGCGCCACAUACGGCGCCGC